GUCAACAAGGAGCUGAUGGAUAAAUUUCCAUUCCGACUCAGCUCCUCUGCGUGACAAGAUGCUGCAACCUUUAUUGAUUUCUUUGCUGUUUGUCUCGGGAUUCAUCCAAAUUUUUGCUCGACCAGAAAAUAUAAUUUUGAUCCUCACCGAUGACCAAGAUUUGGUGAAAACGGGAUACACUGCUUUGCCCAAGACGAAAUUGUUGCUGGGAGAUUCCGGAAGCACCUUCACCAAUGCGUUUGCAACGACGCCAGUGUGUUGUCCAAGCCGUUCUUCCAUUCUGACAGGCCGCUAUUUGCACAAUCACAGAGUGUUGAACAACUCUAUUUCCGGAGGAUGCGCCAGCGAUAAGUGGAGAGAAGACUUUGAAAACAACGCAACGUUCGCGACGCACCUCAAGAAGCAGGGGUACAAAACGUUUUACGCAGGCAAAUAUUUAAAUCAGUACGGCAAGAAAAAUGCUGAUGUGCCGAAAGGGUGGGACUGGUGGUUCGGCCUGCAGGGAAACUCUCGCUACCAGAAUUACACGCUCUCCGAAAACGGCACCUGGCGCAGUUACGGCGAUCGUCCUGAGGACUACCUGACUGAUGUCAUUGCCGAGCGAGCGCUCGAGUUCCUGAACCAGGGCCAACUGCAAAACACACCCUUCCUGAUGGUACUCGCCACCCCUGCGGCGCACGACCCUUUCACCCCUGCCGAAAAAUACAAAGGGCGCUUUGCUAGGAGCCAAUUGCCGAAAGGAGCCGAUUUCAACGCUUUUAAUCAGGGAAAGCAUUGGCUAGUGCAAAUGCCUCCGCUCACCUUGUCAAACGAGACUAUCUCGAAAAUUGAAGAGAUUUACAGGCACAGAUUGGAAACCCUGCUCUCAGUGGACGAUCUCGUGGAGCAGAUUGUCUCGAAAUUGGAGCAGUUGCAGCUUUUGGAAAGGACCAAUUUGGUGUUCACCUCAGACCAUGGAUACCACUUGGGCCAGUUUGCGAUGCCGUGGGACAAACGCCAGCCGUACGACUUCGACAUUCGAGUUCCAUUUUUGAUCCGCGGCCCUCGCAUCCCCAAGAAGAAGACUUUUGAGCAGCCCAUUCUGCUGACUGACCUGGCGCCGACCUUUUUGCAAAUCGCCGGAAUCGAGGAUGACAGUGGCAUGGACGGAAUUUCCUUAUUUAAAUCGAUCGAGUUGGAAAAGAUGAACAGGUCGUUUCUCAUUGAAUUCAACGGCGAGUCGCACGAGGAUUCUGUUUCUCCAGACUGCCCUGAGGAAUUCCGAGAAAAAGGGCAGUUCUUUGAGUGCAAUCUGGAUAACGCCUGCAAAUGCCAGGACGUGCGGAAUAACACUUACGCUUGCGUCCGGCACAUUUCAAACAAAUGCAGUUUUAUUUUCUGUCACUUUGAUGAUGAUGAGGACUUUGAGGAGUUUUAUGAUCUGAAUUCGGACGCCCUUCAGUUGAGAAACGUCGCUGAUAAUCUUCAACCGCAUUUUCUGCAGUUUUAUCGGAAGUCUCUUAAGAAAUUGCAGUUGUGUUCAGGGAAGGAAUGCAAAGAGAGCGGAUGGAAGAAAGUCUUGUGUCCUGACUUCGGAACAGAUUAAAACUAGAAUUAGUCUCGGACAGAAAUUUGCAGUAUUUGUAUUGUUCACCGACGUUUAAUAAAGCGGAUAGUGAAUUCUA